CUCUCUCACAAUUUUGUAAGCUGAUCAUCUUCAUUCCUUCAUUGCUGCAUCAAUGGCUGCUGCAUUAAACACCAUGCUGCAUGAUGCUUCUUCUUCGUCCUCUUACCGGUGUAGCUAUCAUGCAUUCUUGAGUUUCAGAGGCGAAGAUACUCGCAAGGGCUUCACUGAUCACCUUUAUAGGGCUUUGGAGCUGGCAGGAAUCCACACGUUUAGAGACGAUGAUGAAAUCGAGAGAGGAGCAGAUAUUGCAGCAGAGUUGAACAAAGCAAUAAAUGAGUCGAAAGUAUCGAUAAUCGUCUUCUCCCAAAACUAUGCUUCCUCAAGGUGGUGCUUGGACGAACUGGUGAAGAUAAUGGAACGUAGAAAACAUGAUGAUGGCCAUAUUGUUAUGCCGGUUUUCUAUCAUGUGGAUCCAUCCCAUGUCAGGAACCAGAGAGAGAGCUUUGCAGAAGCAUUUUCUAGACAUGAAGAGCGCUUCAAGGAGGAGAUGAACAAGGUGGAGAAAUGGAGAAGAGCGCUUAAAGAUGCUGCAGAUCUGGCAGGGAUGGCUUUAAAAGAUAGGUAUGAGUCGCAGUUUAUCCAAGACAUUGUUAAAGAGAUUGGAAAUAAGCUGGAUCCGAAGGUAUUGAAUGUUGCUCCCUAUGCUGUUGGAAUAGAUGAUCGUGUGCAAGGCAUAAACAUGUGGUUAGAAGAUGGAUCAAAUGCUGUUGGUGUAGCUGUGAUCUAUGGGAUGGGAGGAAUUGGAAAGACCACCAUUGCCAAAGCCGCUUAUAACCGCAACUUUGGAAGAUUUCAAGGCAGCAGCUUUCUUGCAGAUAUUAGAGAAGCUGCAGAACAGCCCUAUGGUUUUGUUCGCUUGCAAAGGAAACUUCUUUCGGAUAUCCAAAAGGGGAAAGCAAAGAAAAUAGACAACAUAGAUGAAGGAAUAAUCAAGAUCAAACAUGCUGUAUCUAACAAAAGACUUCUUAUUGUUCUCGAUGAUGUGAACGACUUGGAUCAAUUUAAUGCAAUUCUUGGAAUGAGAGAAUGGUUUUAUUCAGGAAGUAAAAUUAUCAUAACAACCAGACAUGAACAUUUGUUAAAAGCUCAUGAAGGUUGCACAAUGUUUGAGGUUGAAGAAUUGAAUGAGUAUGAAUCACUUGAGCUUUUCAGUUGGCAUGCCUUCGGACAACCCCAGCCUAUCGAAGGCUACAUAGAACUUUCGAGACCUGCAGUAGAACAUUGUGGAGGGAUUCCAUUAGCUCUUCAAGUUCUGGGAUCUUCUUUAUCUGGGAAAGAAGUAGCCGUAUGGCGCAGCGCAUUACAGAAGUUAUGUGAAAUUCCUGAUGUCAAGAUUCAAAAAAUUCUUAGAAUAAGCUAUGAUUCUCUGCAAGAUGAUCAUGACCAAAAUAUAUUCCUCCAUAUAGCCUAUUUCUUCAUUGGAAAGGAGAAGGAUUUUACAAUUACAAUACUGGACAACCUUAAUUUUUACACAAGGAUUGGAAUUCAAAAUCUAGUUGACAGAUGUCUAGUAAAAAUUAACAAUGAAGACAACAGGUUGAACAUGCAUCACUUACUUAGAGACAUGGGGAGGGGAAUUGUUCGCGAAGAAUCACCUCAAGACCCGGGAAGACGUAGUAGAGUGUGGCAUAAAGAUGCCUUUAAUAUUCUGAGAAAAAUGACUGGUACAGAAAUGAUUAAGGGCCUCAUGCUCAACCUUCCUAAGUUGAUGGAAGAUGAGUCUUGCAAGACAUUGUUUAGUAGAAGUAACAAAAAACGAUCUCAUGUUGAAGAUUAUGAUGGAAGUUUUUCAAGACGUCGUCGACUUGAUUUCUUCUCUUGGAAAUCCAUUGCAAGUAACUUUUCCUCAACAAAAUCAGCUCCUGCAUCAAAUGAGGUGGACUUCAAAACAGAGGCAUUUGCAAGGAUGAACAAUCUUGAGCUUCUCCAGCUAUAUAAUGUAAAAACCAGUGGAGGUUUUGAAGAUUUUCCCAAAAACUUGGCAUGGUUGUCUUGGCGAGGAUUUCCUUUGAAAUCACUACCAUCCAAUUUUUGUUUGGAAAAUCUAGUUGUUCUUGACUUGCGGAAUAGCAAUCUGCAACAUGUUUGGAAUGGACACAGUGUAUUGUAUUAAUCUCUCUCUCUCUCUCUCUCUCACACACACACAC